AUGGAGGGAGAAGGCUCUAAUCCCGGGGUAGCUAUGGAUUCAGGUAACCCAUUGCUGAGAGCAGUCUUCCUCCGUCGUCUGCGACUAACGCGACUGCUCCUGGAGGGAGGCGCUUACAUCAAUGAGAGUGACAGCCAAGGCCAGACACCCCUGAUGGUGGCCUGCAGGACCCAGCAUAUCGAUGCGCAGAGUGCCAGCCGGGUCAAGCUGGUCCAGUUUCUUCUGGAGAAAGGAGCAGACCCCAAUAUCCAGGACAAGGAGGGUCGCUCUGCAUUGAUGCACGCCUGUCAGGAGCAAGCCGGCCCUGAGGUGGUGUCUCUGCUCCUGGCGAGUGGGGCGGACAUUAGCCUGGAAGAUCAGUCCGGGACGUCAGCGUUGGUCUAUGCGGUCAUGGCUGGAGACUGGAAGGUUCUGAAGCUGUUACUCGACACAUGCAAGGCCAAGGGGAAGGAGGUGAUCAUCAUAACCACUGACAAAUUUCCAUGUGGGAAAGUGCAAGCCAAGCAGUACCUCAGCAUGCCGCCUCUCAGUCCUCUUGAUCAGACGGACAAAAUGACAUUAGCAGCUCCUGCGUCUCCCUCUGAAAUUCAGAUCAUCACCUCCCCUCAGUGCACCUCUUCUUCCUUAUGUCCCCCAAAGCCUGUCUUCUCCUUUAAGGAAGCCCAGUCCUGUGGUGUAAGCUCACAUCCAUGUUCCCCGUCGAGGCUCCAAAGGCUUGGCCAGGCGGUGCCUUACGGACUGCAGCAGCACCUCCUGAGGUUGAACUCUGAGCCCUGGUUAAAGAUCCCAGCAUCUCUGCUCGCCCAGCAGCCUCAUGCAGCCUUGUCUCCUGAAAACAGCAAAGACCUCGACCAAACUGAGGGCCUCUGUCUCAGAAUUCCCAAACUAGACGGGGACAGGUGCACAAAUUCAACAGCUGGAAGCUUCAAAUGGUAUGAAGGAAGACUGGUAAGGGACAAAGAACUAGAGGGAAACAGAAAGAAUGAAUGUGUCAAACAUGUAGGACAAAAGAUGUCCUUACCAGGUCUCCUAUCAUCCCACUCUGCCUCCCACCCUAACCUCCAUUCUGUAAACCUUGGAACAGAUCCAAUUACCUCCUCUUCCUCCUUUUCUGGUGGCAAAAAUCUUGGCCCUCCACUUCACAGCAUGGCCUCGUCCAGCCUUCAUAGCAUAAUCCAGAGGCGCAAGCUUGGGGCGGACAUCUACAGCUCUGACCCCCAGCUCGCUGUGGACAUCCAGCAUCUCCCUGAGGAGUCCCAGCAGAGGGCAAGAGACCUCAUAGAUGGUAAGAGGCUGGCACCACUACACUGCUCCAGCACACUGGGCUCCAGGGAGUCACCGUCGACCUCAGGCCCAAGCAGGAGAGUUCUGUCUGGGUUUGAGCGCAGAGGGUCUGGAGCAUUCUUGCUGGACCACAACUCCCAGGCCAGGCCUAGGUCUCUGCCACCUCUGACCCUCAACUCCACCAACACCCCCAUCCUUAAUGUUUAUAACAUCAGCUCUGGUGCCGGAAGUGGCUUCUGUGAGAAAAAUCCCGGCCUAAAAACUUUCCUUCCCUCUGCACCUCCUGGGCAACCCAAAGAGCUGACCAGGAGGAUGCUGCUGAGGAGACACUCCAUCCAGACCGAACAGUUCAAAACCACAGCUUGA